AUGGAACGCAUCAUCGGGAUUGCCGAGAUUGAUGCCAUCUCCAGCUGCGUAAGGAAUCUGGUCUUACUGAAUUGGGAAGGCUGGCGCGAAUAUGAAUACGACGAGUUCUGCAAUAAGCUCGUCCUUGAAGAUUGGCGGACUAGAAGGGACGAAGGCUUUAUGAAACCGCUGUACGAUGAGUACAUGGAUGACUGCGAUGAAUGCAGCCUAGCAUGGUGCCUUAAAAAUGCUCCGCAGCCUCUUCAUUACACUACAAAAGACCAGGCAGCCGGGAAGCGAGCAUUGUCAAGAUAUGAACGGGCUUGUCUUGGAUUUGAGGCUGCGGUAAUGAAGUUCCCGAACCUUAAACACGUCAAAGCCGACUUUGGGGCCCCUUUCAAAAGGAUCCAGCGGUGGCGAGCCUAUCAACUUGAGCCAGCAAAAUUCGAGUCUCAUGGAAACCAUGCGAGCGACGAUGUAUACUUCGCAGCCAGAACCGUUUUGCUCCGGGCCCUUGGCUUGCGCAGUUCUCUGAGCAGCAGUUUGACCUCUCUAUAUCUCGACAUCACCGAAGAGCUGUGGGCCGUAGGCGAGCUGGACCGCUUCUGGAGGGAAAACGAUAACUUCAACGCCAGCAAUGGACAUGUCGACGAAAGUCUCAUCAAGCAGCAGGUGAAUCUGAUGGAAGACUCCUUCAUCCAUCUUACGGAUUUGCGCAUUGGGGUCCUCGAACGUGGCUUCCCAACUCCGUAUAGGGGCUUAGUCUUGCCCCGAUUCCUUCGAAGAGCCACAAAGCUCCAACGCCUUCAUCUCUCUCUUCCAACCACCUGGCUUCUCGCAGAAGGUGGUACUGAAGACAUUCUCGGCAGGAUCGUGGGUGGCCUGCGGUGGGCAGAGCUUCGAGAAGUUACACUCCAGGUAGCCUUCACCUUCGGCUCUUUCCUCGACUUCUUAUCAGCACACGCCGAGACCAUCACCUCGCUCACUAUAUACCGAUGCGACAUGUUCGGUGGCACUUGGCCAAACAUGUACCGGGCCAUGCACGACAUUCAUUUCCGAAGUUUGAGACGUCUCGACUUCAGGCAGUGCGCGGACGAAGACCCUGACGUGCCGCCAUUGGCUGCCUUUUCUCGCAAUAACAUCGCCGUUUCUCAUCAUUCGAUGUUCGAGAUGAAGGAGUUGUGGAUGGGCUAUUCAGAGGAGAUAUACGAGUAUAUCUUAGGAAAGAUUAAUUUGAUGCCUCCGCUAUUCCGAUGCGGUGAUUACGAAAGCGAGCAAAGCGAGGACGACGUGGUGGUAAUACUGUAG